AUGCCCCAAGCCGUGCCUCUGCGCGUGCCGGGCCGCAACCGCGGCCGCAACUCCCUGCCGGGCUCGGACGAGAUCUCGCACCUAUCUCUAGGUGAGGUGCGGGACCGCCUCGCGCGCAACGAGCGCGUGCUCAACACAUCCUUGUUCUCGACAUCGCCGACGGCGUCGAGCUCGUUCGGCUCUGGCUUCUCACCAACUGCGCCCCGGCAGGUGCCGACAUCCGACGCCCCCGACCCUGUGCGCGAUCGCCUGCUCGCGGUGCGAGAACAGCUGCUUGCCCGCGAGGCAGAGCUGCUCGCCGACGGCAUGAGUGGCAUGUCACUUAGUCCGAGCUCGCCAUCUCGUCUCGCAUCAAGUCCACCAACAAGGAGUGGAAAGGCUCGCGCGCUGGACGCCAUCCGACAAGGCGAGCUCAAUCUCGCCCCUAAUUCCAUGGUCUUGCCGAUGAGCGAGACGCUCGCACUGCAAGAACGCGACUUUGACAAUCAGACGGCGGCUCGGUUCGCUCAAGCAAUGUCCCUCCACCGGCCAGAUUCAGGACGGGGCAAGCAGCGCGGCCACAUCGACGACGAGCUCGGGCGCGCACAGCAGGCCGCACGGUAUGCGCGUGCCCGGGUUGCCGAGGACGAGGACGACGACUUGUUCGACACGGACGAGGCGUACGCCGCGGCGCAGGUCUACGCUUCUGGGCACGAGGACGCCGGCAACGGUCUCCCGCUGGCCACGGCGCGAGCACGCCGCUCCGAGGGGUACGACGAGGACAUGCGCGAGAACAGCGACGAGGACGAGGACGAGUUUGCAGAGGGCAACGACGAGUAUGCCGGCGGUGGGGUGGGGAGCUACGGUGCCGGGCCGGACCGCGGAUAG